GGCGACAAAGAAAUGGAGCUCAAAACUGACCUGAGCGUCGGUCGCAAUCGAAAGAGCUCGUCUGAGUGGUGGAAUCCGAAAUACCAGGGGUUCAACUGCAUUGCGCCUUCCUUCCCCUCGCCUUGGCUGAGCUCCUUCGCAGACUUCAACCUGACUUUCAUCGGUGGCUUGUCUGUAAAUCCUUGAAUUAGCAAGAAGCCCCCCGAGAUAUGCAUGCAAGCUUAUCAUCGCCGAGGUUGUCGCGCGACUCUCGUGUGUCAUGCCGAAGAGAGCUCAAUCUACCGAGAGGGGUUUGGCGAUCAUGGACUGAUGGAUGUCUUGGAAACGUGAAAGUCAGAUGACUGAACUAUCGUAUCUGGUCUUGGAGCUUCGCAACGACCCUCAAUCAUCAAUUCGUCUUGUACAUAGUCGUUCUUCAAAGACGACGGCUUGAUACAAUUCAGCAUGGCUUUGCCUGGAAGCUUAACGGCAGCGGCGGACUACCACUCAGGACAGUCGACUGACCUUGAUAUCUGCAACCCAAAGGUUGUGCACCGCAAUCGUCUACCUACUCGGGCAUACUGGAUACCUGAGAAAUCAUUGUUGCUGAACGGGACUUGGGGUUUCGUGUAUAGUCCAACGCCUCUUCACGCGCCACAUCCUACGUUAUACUCCGAUGGCCUCAGCAGUCUCGUAGAUGCCCUCACAAUCGAUGGAAAUGAGGGACAGGCAGCUGAUAUACAAUGGUCCUCAAUCACCGUACCGGGGCAUUGGCAACUUCAGGGCUAUGGUAAACCACACUAUACCAACACAGUCUAUCCGUUCCCAGUAUGCCCGCCACAUGUACCUACGGAAAACCCCACUGGAACCUACCGUAGAAACUUCUUUGUUCCUUCAUCCUGGUCUGAAGAUGCUCAGAUUCGUCUUCGCUUCGAUGGAGUUGACAGUGCCUACCAUGUCUACCUCAAUGGACAAAAGGUCGGUUACUCGCAAGGCUCAAGAAACCCGGCCGAAUUUGAUAUCACAGAAUACAUCAACCGCGGAGAAGAUGUGAAUCGCCUCAUCGUCAACGUCUACCAAUGGUGCGAUGGUUCCUACAUCGAAGACCAAGAUCAAUGGUGGCUCUCGGGUAUCUUCCGCGACGUACAUUUGAUUUGUUUCCCGAGCAAAGUUCGAAUUGAAGAUGUAUUCAUCAAGACAGAGCUCGAUGGGGAUUAUCGAGAUGCGAAGCUGCACGUUGAGCUGAACCUCACGAUCAAUGAAGCAGCUGAGGCGAUUCUCUCUCUUCGAAGCCCGAGUGGCUUUUCAAUCAUCAACGAGAAGAUCAAGCUGUCUGCCAAUAAAUUUCGCAGUUCGCACGAGUUUUCCGUGGCAAACCCUACCAAGUGGACCGCAGAGACACCCCAUCUCUAUUCUUUAGAGAUCAACCUGCUCGCACCCAACUCAGAGAGAUCAAUCCAGACGGUCAAGCAACGCGUCGGCUUCCGAUCUGUCGAGAUCAUAAAGGGAAACAUCAGUGUCAACGGCAAGCCAUUACUUCUACGAGGUGUCAACCGUCAUGACCACCACGCUUUGUUCGGCCGGGCCGUACCUCUUGCUUACAUGCGAAGAGACCUGAUGAUCAUGAAACAGCAUAAUAUCAAUGCCCUUCGUACUUCUCACUACCCCGCAAACCCUAAAUUGUACGAGCUGUGUGACGAGCUCGGUCUCUGGGUCAUGGAUGAAGCAGAUCUCGAAUGUCAUGGAUUCUAUGACGCUGUCGAACGGCCUCAGAACCUGCCUCCAGAUAUGGACUACGAGGAGCGCAAGAAGUACACCUUUGACAAGGCAGCCAAGUUUACAAGUGACAAUGAAGACUGGAAGACUGCAUAUGUUGACCGAAUGGUGCAGAUGGUCGAGAGAGAUAAGAACCAUCCUUCAAUUAUCAUGUGGUCCCUCGGCAACGAAGCUUUCUAUGGCCGCAACCAUGUCGCCAUGUACGAGUGGGCUAAAUCUCGAGAUCCCGAACGUCCAAUUCACUACGAAGGAGACGUCAAUGCAGCAUCCGCGGAUAUGUUCUCAUAUAUGUAUCCUUCGAUUGAGAAACUCGUGGGUCACGCAACAGAAGAAGGGGAUGAUUUCGAGAAACCCAUCGUGCUCUGCGAGUACGGACACGCGAUGGGUAACGGUCCUGGCCUGCUCGAAGACUACCAAGAAGCUUUCCGCAGCCACCGAAGGCUUCAAGGUGGAUAUAUCUGGGAGUGGUCUAAUCAUGGACUUCUCAAGACAGAGGGCGGUAAGCAGUUCUAUGCCUAUGGUGGAGAUUUUGGCGAUUUGCCAAAUGAUGACACAUUUGUCAUGGACGGUCUUUUGUUCAGCGACCAUACACCCACUCCUGGUUUGACCGAGCUGAAGAAGGUCAUUGCUCCUGUGAGACUCUGGAUUGAAGGCAAUAAGUUGGUGAUCAAGAACGAAUUUGAGUUCAUCUCUUUGAGCCACUUGAUCGCGGACUUCAAAGUCGAGGUGCUUGGUAUCAGACCUGACCGCGUUUUAUCUGGUCCGAUUCAGCUUCCUCACAUCGAUGCUGGGACUGAAGCUAAGAUUGACUUGCCUGAAGAGAUCUUUGCCCUACACAGACCUGAUGGAACGGAAGUGUGGUUGACCAUCGAUUUUCGUCUUGGCGUUGCGACUCCUUGGGCUGAGGCCGGGCACAGCAUUACCUGGUAUCAAACUCGACUAUCUGCCAAGAAAGACGAGUACAGCUACGGCAUAGAGAGACCUAUCAUGUCGAGUGCCAUUACUGCCCACGAGACACAGCUGCACUAUCGCUUCAUCGGAUGCGAUUUCCACUUCAACUUUUCUCGCUCAAGAGGAGCACUGGUCGAAUGGGUUUACGGAGGCAGAUCAGUCCUCAAGAAGCGUGAAACGGCUGACGACCCAUUGCUAGCACUGGGCUUCUGGCGUGCACCAACAGACAAUGACGCUGCCUCUAUCAGCAAAGAAUGGAAACGCUACGGCCUCGACGCCAUGACACCCCAGCUCCGCAGCUUCACGCUCGAAGACAAUGGCCCAGAAAGAGUUCGUCUGACGGCUGUAUACUACUACAGUCCUCCCAUCCUGGCCUGGGGCUUCUUAGCCAAAGUCACCUACGAGAUCUCGUCCACGGGCAAACUAUCCAUAAAAGUCAACUUGACGCCUCAAGGAAACGCCCCGACCACACUUCCACGUGUAGGCAUCAACCUUCAACUAGACCCUUCCUUCAAACAAGCAACAUGGUACGGUCUUGGUCCCGGUGAAUCCUACACGGAUAAAGCAACCUCCCAACAAAUCGGAAUCUGGAACUCCACCAUCGCGCACCUCCAAACCCCCUACGAAGUACCCCAAGAAAACGGCAAUCGCACCUCCACCCGCUGGGUCAAAGUCCUAAACGAGCAAGGCUUGGGUAUAAAAGCCACCUACCUUCCUGGUCCCAAGGAAAAGGAGUUUUUCCAAUGGGCGGCUUGCUUGCAUGAUGCAAAGGUGCUGGAAGUGGCAAGACACCCUUGCGAUUUGGUGGAGAGGAAGGAGCCGCUGUGGAGGUUGGAUGCCGAUAAUGCAGGUGUGGGAACUGCGGCCUGUGGACCCGGCGUCAAGAAGGAGGAUCAGGUUGAGUGUAGGGAGAGGGAGUUUACGUUUGUGCUGGAGCCCGCUAUAGAUUUCUAGAAGGUCUGCGUGGUUGGGGUUUGAGUAGGGAUGGUCUUUUAUUCUCUCGGUAUUUACUGCUCAAUACAUGCUUCGACUGUGCCUGAG